CUCUGAUAUAUGAAGUAGAUCGACCUAGCCACUUAUAUAUAUAUAUAUAUAUACACCCUUCAACUCUGUUGAAUUCGUUCGUCUCAUUUUUUGAAUCAUGGCCCCAAGUAAUACUAUCUCCAUGGUUCAAGUCUGUUGUUGCAUUCUCAAACCAAUUCCUGGAGGGUUUUCAUUGCGAAAACUUACUGGAUUGGCGAAAUGGGUGCUCUUGUGCCGCUGCAUAAUCUGCCACAUUAUUUUCUGGUUUGGAGCGUUCGCAUUUAUUCUCUGGCUGAUCUUCUUUCCUCAGGAGCCUAGAUUUACUGUUACGAAUGCCUCUCUAACCCAAUUCAAUUUUAACAGUAGUGAAAACAACACCGGUGCUAAUCUUCACUAUCACCUCGCCCUCAACAUUACCAUCAGAAACCCCAAUAGAAGGGUCGGCAUUGACUACCGUAGCAUGACAGUGUCUGCUAGCUACAGAAAGAAGAAGUUUGGCCUCGUAAAUUUGAUGGAUUCAGUACCAUUUUACCAAGGCCACAAGAACACAACUUUUUUGCAUCAUCUGGUGCUUCAAGGGCAGCAGCAGUUGGUGAAAUUCGGGAAGCGUGACAUCUCCCAGUUUGACAAGGAGACUGCUGCUGGUGUGUAUAGUAUUACUGUGCAGCUUACUUUUCGGGUCAAGAUCAGGUAUGGAAACAAUAAGGUCAAGUUUUUGACACCGGUAACCUACGAUGACCAGCAGAUCAACUGCAAGCUGAAACUUCCUGUAAGUGUUACUAAUGAGACAUCUGGUGGUGGUUUCAAGGCUACAAGGUGUGGCGAUGUUGGUAUAUUUCCUUAAGACUGAUGCUACCACAGAAUUGAUAUAUGAAUGCGUAAUAGAUUUUCUCAAAUAACUUGUUUUACUACAAUUAUUGCACAAUAAGCUCCAUUACUGAAUGACCUGAAUUCUGAAGAUGUAUACCAAACAGAGAAGACAAUUCUCUGUUUCGGCACUAGUAAAAUACUAAAAUGGGCUAUAGCCACCCCAUUUUGGA